CGAGUGUUCUGUAGCGUAGUGUUUUGUUCUUCCAGUAGAGUUUGUCUUUGCCGUGGUACGUAACGUACGCCCGCUGUGAGUGCUCGGUUUCGCGCGAUAAUCGAUAUUGGAUCAAUCUGACCGGAGUCCGUUGCCGCGUGCUCGUCAAUUACAGAAUAUGGGAUACCACGUUUUGCUGCUAUGCGCGUGGCUCAGCUCAGCCAGCGCUAUGCUGGAAGUCGUGAGCCAGUGGAACGUGAUGCAGUUCGACUUCCCGCCGGAUCCGGUGCUGCUAGAGAAGUUCCAGCCGGAGAACACGGUGGCCACGGGCUUGGAGAUCGGGUGGGACAGGAUCUACCUGGGUAUACCGCGAUUGCGCGCUGGCGUGCCCGCCACGCUCGCCUGGAUACCCCGGAGCUUGCCGCCUGGUGUCAGUCCCGUCCUUCAGGCCUACCCGGACUGGUCGUGGCACACGGCUGGCCGCGGCGACAUCAACUGCACCGGGCUAGUCUCCGUGUACCGCGUCAGGGCCGACCGCUGCAACCGCCUCUGGGUCCUGGACGCCGGCGUCGUCACCAGCCUCGACGACUUCCGCCGCGUCUGCCCCCCCAAGAUACUCAUCUUUGACAUGGCUACCGACCGCCUGGUGCGAAGCGUGUACUUCCCCCGUGAGCUGUUGCGGCCAAGCUCCUUGCUGACCAACCUGGUGCUUGACGAGACCCGUUCCAGCGCUCGCCUCGCCUCCAACUGCGAUAACAUCUUCGCUUACAUUAGUGACACUGUCGCGCCAGGUAUAAUCGUGUACGACGGGCACCGCGACAACGCAUGGCGCGUGACCCACGCCUCCAUGUACCCCGACCCUGACAUGGGGGAGUACGACAUCAACGGGGAACGGUUUACGUUGAUGGACGGUAUCGUCGGCCUGGCGCACUCUCCGGCCCAGGGUCUGCUCUAUUACCAGCCGUUGGCCACUGACAGAUUAUUCAGCGUGUCUACCGCAGUUCUGGCGGCAGGUCCUCCCGCCGAGGGCACCGACUUGCCCGUGAACCUCGUGGGCCGCAAGUCCUCGCAGGGCCUCGGCAUCGCCGUCGACCCUCGCGACGACACGAUCAUCUUCAGCCCCAUUGUCGAAACGGCCAUCGCUGCUUGGAAUCCCAUCAGCAACUCGCAUAGAGUGCUCGCCCAAGACCCGGAGAAGCUGCAAUUCUGCGCAGAGGUGCGGUGGGCCGAGCGCGACAACGGCGCCGUGUGGGCCCUCUCCACGCGCUUCCACAAGUACUUCAAGAGACAAGUCAACAAACACGAGAUACACAUACGUAUCGUUCGCGUCGUGGAAGGGGGCUUCCCCUCGUUGCAGCCGCACGUCCUGCGCCGCUCCGCUCGGAUUCACAGAAACUUCAACACCACGCUGCACUAAUAACAGUCCCAAAUAUAUCCUAAAUUAUUUCGUUACUGCUCGCAGCAGGAUACCUACUUUUUGGCACAUAAAGUAUCAAUUGGUACUUUUUGAGCCUACGUAGCAAGAGACGAAUGUUUUACGUCAGCGGUAUCAUGAUUUUCCCUGCUGUAUGGUAUAGGCGCAAAGAAUAUAACAAAAUGUACACCGAAAUAACAAUUGCCUAGCACGUCUAGUUUAAUUAGAGUAUUGCUGCAAAAUAAGGAAGUAGUAUAGUUUCAUCGCUAAAUUUUGGUCGUUAAUAGUCAAAACAAAAAUAUUACAAAGAGAAAAGGCUCAAACCAAAGUAUUUAAUAUCUGGCGAUAAUAAAGCGAUGGAUGACAAAGCCUUUUAGGGCUUAGUACAAGAGUGAUCAUUAAAUGUAAAGUCUGUGUGACAGGUGGAGGGAUUUAAGUAUAUAAGGGCUACUUACGCGUUCGAGUUAGCAGUUUAUACAGGGUUAAACUGUAAGAUACCAAACGGUUAGCACUGAGCUAGUUGGCUAACCCUGGAAUGCGCAAGUGGCCCUUAUUGAUAUUAAUGUGUCUACUUGUCAUAUCAUUAAAAUAUAGAAACGGUUCUAUACCAUGAUUAUUUUAUUUAAAAGAGUUCGAUAGACAAAUAUCACCAGCGGUGGCCGCAUGGUUGCAUUUUUAUCACAUGCACUAUUCCAGUCACUUUCGCACUUACAUACUUAGAACAUGACAGGCAUAGUGACAGGCAAUAAAAAUGAGACCGUGCUACAGCCGCAGUACCUAUCUAUACCACUCGCGUCGAAUGAUGGUCUCUAUGAUAAUUCCUUCAAGUCUAUUUUGGCUGGUCUUAAUUAAAAAAAUAAUUAAAAUAUAUUUACCAUGAUACUAUUACUUAAACGACUCGUUUCUAAAUAAAUUAAUGUGCUAAUGUUCCAAAACAUGUGUACAAACAUUUUACGUGACAGCUACGCCAUAUAAGUACUGUCAUGUGACUCAGGUGUCAUAGGACCCAUCAAUUGACGCGAGAGUUAUUAGUUGAAUUUUUCCCACAGAGGCUUUUAAACAUAAUAGGCCAUUGAAAUGCUACAUUUCGUCUUGGAUUAAAUAAGGGUCGGCUGAUGAAUACCACCCUAUGUGUUUUUUGAAUAUUUUUUGACGAAUUUAUGUGUAAGUAAUUUAUAGGAAAACAAUUCAAAAUAAAAAUAAUAAUACAAUAAAAUCAUGGGUUUUCAAGUAUUUCACAAUGACUCUAAAGGUCAAAAACUUAUAUUUGAUAAGAGAAUUCCAGACGACCCUUAUUUGAUAGCAAGCAAGAAUGUAGCAAUUAAAUGGGCCAGCAAACAUACUAGCCCAGCAAAUAAGCAAAUAAGGGCUACUUACUUGGAAUGAAUCCAUGGACUACAGGAAUUAAUUCGUCUAUUCCUGAUUUUAUUUGUUUCGUGAUAUACCUAUGUGUUGAAUAUAGCAUUUUUGGCUUAAGUGUGUUUUUUUAUUACAUGACCGUGCCACGAUUGACGUUUAAAAUGUUAUUUAUAUGUAAAUAUACUGUACCAUUUUUUUUAUAUCGAAUCAUAUAGAAAAACGAAAAGUGAUCAUAUUAAAUAUAAAUAGUUUCGAUGAAUGAUUGAUGAAAAUCAGUAUUUAUUGUCACAAUCAUCAAUGUUACCUCGGCAUUGUACCAACAACAUCGAAUUUAUAACUAAUGUUUCUUACAUUACCAACUCAGAAUAGUUACCUUCUGUAUUCAUUUAUCUUAUUUGUAGUCGAUAAGUUUUCUAAUUUUACGUUUUGCAGUGUCAUUUCAUUAUUCUAUUAGGUACUUUACUCAUAAUUAAAUCUACGUUUACAUUUUUCAUGAUAUAUUUGUGUUUUGUAAUAAUAUCCUUUGUUUUUUAACUUACUUUGUAUAUGUUAAAAGAUAAAUUCAUCUUGUAGGGUUUAGAAGGACAUCACGUCAUGGUAUAAAAAGUAAACGAAGUUAACCUUAUUCACCAGUAGCGACUAGUCUAUCUUAUUUGUAUCUUAUUAUAUGUUUUCGUUUUCAUCAUACAUUAGCUAGUAGGAAAUCAAGAAGUGUUCGUAAUUUUAUAAAAAAAAAAAAAAGUAUUGUAUACUUAAACGUGCAGACAGUGAAGAUGGGCAGAGAAUUUUGUGCCAUUCAUAAUCUUUUAAAUUGGAAUAAAUAUAGUGUGAACUUGCUUAUAUUUUUUAUGUUAGAUAAAAUUAACUUCAGUUUUCCUUUUCAUAGUAUUAUUUAAAUAUUUAUAUAUUACAUAAUUGUUGUAAAUAUCCAUGCCCAAUUUCUUGUAGGGUAAAUUUCACUAAUAUACCUAGGCCUUACACUCCAAUGAUUGGCUUUUCCAGCCUUAUGUUACGGUAGCAAAGGUGUAACCUUCCAUGAUAAAGUUAGCGGCCUAUGACUGUACUUUAAAGGGUCAAUCAUUGAAUAGUUUACUUUUAUCGUAAGUUUAACUUACCACCGAUAUCUGCCUGCAAGCUGCGAUGUGACUAAGCUUGCGUGAAAUAGUUACCAUGUUAACAAUCAAUCCACCUUACUUAUUGCGGAAAGCGGGGUGGCGUUAGAAAACUGCUGAUUUAUUUUUAGCUGCUAAAAUUAAUCGAUAAUAUGAUAAAAAUACAAUUUUAAACCCGGUUACGUUGUAUAAUGCAUAUCUGUUUCCCUACAGCUUCAGCUUUUAUAUAUUAUUUUGUAAAUAAUAAAAUACUGAUUGAAAUCAUACAAA